AUGACAGUUCAAUCUCACUUUACUGAGGUUCCACUCGUCUUCGACAAACGUCACCCUUGGUGUGCCAGCGAUGGAAAGUUCAACGCUACAUCAAUUGACGUCCUCUCACUCCAGCAGCCCGGGACAUUGAAUAUUUUGCGCGCCUACUGUUCGAAGUUACCCACCUCAUCAACUGUGGUCGAAGCUACUCCUAUGGAGAUCGCUAAGAGAGCGACGCACACAAAGAGCUAUUUACUGUUGCAGAACUCAUUUGCAAGUUCGGGUUACCACGUUCCAGCAAAGCCGCAUUACACAGAAAUUCAUUGA